UGUUAUGAGAACAAAGAGCUGAGUUGGAGACAUGGCCUUUGUGUUGAGUCAACCUAACCAUGGGUCUCACUGCCUGGUAGUGUGUGGGUGCUACUACUAACAGAAUUGAACAUGGCAUUUGGGCCAUGUCUGGCAUGACGAUGAACAUGUUUAAGGUUGAGUCAGACUACAUUAACUGCACCAUCAGCCAUGAGAUCCACCAGUACCUGUUCUCUGGAGCCUACAUCCUGGUCCUUCUGAUCGGCGUGCCCACCAACGCCUUCUCCCUCUACCACGCCUGGCUGCAGCUGAGAGCCAAGAACGAGCUGGGGGUCUACCUGCUCAACCUGACCAUGUCGGACCUCCUCUACCUGGCCUCGUUGCCUCUCUGGCUGCAGUACAUCUUCCAGGGAGAUGACUGGAGCCAAACGGAGUGGCUGUGCCAACUGUGUGGCUUCCUGCUCUAUGAAAACAUCUAUAUUAGCAUAGGGUUCUUAUGUUGUAUCUCUAUAGACCGUUACCUGGCCGUGGUGUACCCGUUCCACUUCACAGCAUUCCGGAGCAUGCGGGCAGCUACAUUGGCCAGCGCGUUCAUCUGGCUGAAAGAGAUUGCCGUGGGCGUGGUCUUUUUCAGACACAAGGAACUAAGCACUGACCGCACCAACCAAUCGGUUUGCUUUGAGCACUACCCCAUGCAACCAUGGGAAUAUCCAAUUAACUACUACCGUUUCUCCGUUGGUUUCCUGUUCCCCCUGGGCAUCCUUUCCGUGUCGUAUUUCAGAGUCCUACGGGCAGUCAGGAAGAGCACUGGCACUCAGAGCGCCCAGAAGACCCGCAUCAAGAACCUGGUGACCAGCACCAUUGUCAUAUUCCUGGUAUGUUUCUCUCCAUACCACGUGUUCCUGCUGCUGCGUACAGUCUUUGAGAGGGACUGCCCCUUCAUCAUCAGUAUCUUCAACUACUAUCACUUCUCCCUGCUGCUCACCAGCUUCAACUGUGUGGCUGACCCGGCGCUGUACUGCUUCGUCAGUGAGAGCGCCCAGCAGGGGAUCCAGCAGGCCCAGGAGGCCUGUACCCAGGCUCUCUGCUGCAGCUGCCACAGGGGACAGCAUAGCCCUGUUACCGCCACCACCACGGGGACAGACUCCAACGAGGUGGCCACCUCCAACGAGAAGGGGACAACAACCGUCACACCGCUGACACAGAACCAGAUGAUCUAUAAUAAUAAUAUAAUAUAA